UUAGGACACCAUGGCUAGUCAUAAUCAUCCCUCGGGACACUGGGCAGAUGUUAGGUUUCCCCACUUUUUCAUUAUUCUCGUCAUCACAUCCGUCAUCAUAUCAUCGACGUUAUCAUCGCCUGCCAGUUUCAGCUCGUCAUCAGAUCCCAACAUCCUGGUUGAAAACGUCGAUGAUGAUUCCGACGUCGACCCGCAAGUGAAGUUGUCAACGAAAACCGACAUCGGUGAUGUCCUACCGUCGACGGCGAUGACGAAACCUGACAUCGGGUGCGGAUGCGAAGCCCUGCAGCUGGUCAUUGACGAGGUGAGAGAGACUAAGGAUGUGUGUAUCGACACCGCCUUCGCCGUCGGUGUCCACGUCAAGACAGUUAGAAAGCUCCAAGUCGCUGUUGACGGGCUAGCGAGCCUGCGCGAUACGAACCACGCCGACACAUAUGUAUCGCCUACGUCACCUAGGACACACAUUAUGUCGUCAUCAGACGAUGCGGCUUUGUCUGCAACUUCUUCCUCCUCCAUCGAAGACAUUAUCACCGAAAUCGAGAAAGACAGAAAGAGUGAUCGUGACAAUGGCAGGCCAGACAUCGAGACCCCUCCCUCCCUCCUGGAAGGGGUUCACCUCGUAAUAAUGGAACCGCCCGAUGUGAUUCCACGAGACUGCUUGGAAGUACAGCAACAAGUGGGUAACGUGACCGGGGUCUAUACCAUUCUGCCAGAUGGGUGUGGGCAGCCUUUUCAGGUCUUCUGUGAUAUGGCAACCAGCGGGGGCGGCUGGACGGUCAUUCAACGUCGAUUGAACGGCGAGGUCAGUUUCGCCCGGCUCUGGGGCGCGUACCGUCGAGGAUUCGGCAACCUCCUGACCGAGUUCUGGAUGGGCCUGGACAAGAUGAGUCGACUGACGUCGCAGGACGACUACGAACUACGGAUCGAUCUCCAAGACUACAACGGAACGAAAGCGACGGCGGAGUACGAGAGCAUGAUGGUCAGUGAUUACCGGAGUAAUUAUCGCCUGCUCGUCGGCUCGUUCAAGGCCAAUGGUUCAGCAGGUGAUUCGCUGAGCUACCACAACCACAUGCCUUUUACCACCACUGACCGGGACAACGAUCUCGCCAAGAAGAACUGUGCCCAACUCUACUCCCAGGGGGGCUGGUGGUACAACGGCUGUCUCUACAGCAACCUCAACGGUCUCUACCUCGGCCCCGAAAACGAUGAGUUUGCCGCUGGCGUUACAUGGUUCGAGUUCGGAGGCUUCCGUGGCUCGCUGAAAUUGGCCGAGAUGAAAGUGAGACCUGUACCGUAGAAUACAGCCUCUGCACGCGGAAAAUGUGACG